AUGAAAUUGAGUGGUUGCAGCGCGCACACCUAAGUUUGAGCUACUGCAUUUGGGUAUGGCCUCGAGCAUUGUGGGAGCUGACAGUCCACAAGAAAUUAACGCAAGUAAUGACACGACAUCUGACAAGAUAAAACUGCAGAUGGAGCUUUCUAAGGUUAGUUGUUUCGACCCGUCACCGAUUAGAGAGAUGUUCAGUGAUAAGCUUAGGAUGGUAGACCAGUUGCCCUCUGCUAAUCCGUGCUGAAAAUAUCUCUGAGAUCUAAUUCCCCCUUAAACGCGUUGAAAAAAGUACUGAUACUGCUUACUGAGGCAAGGAGUUCCAGUUGUCAACCACACGAUGGAAGAAACGUAGAUUAAUAAAGGGUAGGUACCAAAAUUGUGGCAAGGCUUUUCGAAUCUGGGUGAGUUCGCCCAAAGUUGAUUCGAUUGCGGUCUUUGGAUUUUCUCGUGAUGCUUUCGGAGAUGACCGGUUCUAAAACUGGAGGAAAAACAAGGCAUAUCAGUACGAAAGUCUUUAUUAAGGAUACGGAAUGCUAGUAUAUCACCCUGUUUACUACGGUGACAGUGGAAAUAAGGUUGAAGAUGAAAUCCGCCUCCUUCAGGAAACCCUUGCUGUAAAAAUACGUCGAUCUAAUGAGAUCAAGAAAAGUCUUGGAUACACUUCACUUUCAACACUACAAUAUGACCUCAUGCAAGGUAUUCACAAAUUAGAGGAUACAGAAGCAUAUAUGAAAACUAGUGAAAUUUUGAGCAAAGCUAAGGAUAGGACAGUGAUUGUAGCACACGAUGCCAAGGAGAAAGUGGAAUCAACUAUUUCUGCUAUCCGGAAUUCAGAAGUUGUUAAAUCACUCAACAACAAAGUUGGCUCUGCCUUUUCAACAGUCAAGAUACUUUGUUUGGAUAAGUUUCCCCAUGUACCAGCUAUUACAUGGAAUCCUUCUAGAAAGAUGAUUCGUGUGCGUCGAUAUUAAUUUUAUGUACUGAGUUUACGCAUGCAUAUGCAUGUAUAUACUUCUAUGAUGUAAUUAGUCAGUGUCUGUAUGUCUACAAAAAUGUGUUGUAUAAGUAUAUUGACCGAUGCAAUAAUUCACUCAACCUA